AUGAAACUGUCGGCCGUAACUACGACUCUGUUGGCACUACUUGUCGUUGUUUGUUAUUGUUGUGGCACAAACCUAGUCCGCCAUGUGGUGGUGGAAGGCUUUCCGAUCGCAGCAGCAAAACAUUUGCAUCGCUCUAGUAACAACAACAACAUUCGCAUUACUUCUUCCAUAAAAGGCUCUGUUGGUAGUAAUCUUGAUGAUGAGAAUGAAUAUAAACCCAUUGAAGUACACUUGGCCUUUACUUCAACACCCAAUCAAAUGGUAGUCACCUUCCAUACCAUUAAUUAUGAUGAAAACAAGUUAGGAAAGCCCAUUGUAAAGUACAGUUCCAAGGAUGCAUCCUUGAAAAGAGAUUUUCAAGUCGCUCAUUUGGGAAAUGUUGUAACACAAUACGGACAAGUUUCACAAACUGGAUUUGAUAUGAGUAUUUUACUUUCAAACUUGGAAUAUUCCACUAAAUAUUAUUAUCAAUGUGGAUUCAUGUUGAAUGAUAAUGUGACUUCUGAUAUUUAUUAUUUCCAUACAAGAUCUGAUCCAAGAACGAGUGAAAGUUUAGAAACUACCAUUGUCAUGUAUGGAGACCAAGGAACUACCAAUAGCAAACACGUCAUUGCUCAAGUCGGAGAGUUUGUGAAAAAUUUCAAUGGAACGAACAUGUUUGUCUAUCAUUUGGGAGACAUUUCUUAUGCGGAUGAUUUCCCUGGAUUGAUCUAUCAAGCCAUUUGGACCAAGUAUAUGAUCAUGAUGGAACAGAUUAUGCCUUACACCUCCUAUAUGGUUCUUCCUGGUAAUCAUGAGAAAGGACCAAAACUCGAACCUUAUCACAAAUUUGAAUUAGGUUUCAUGGCAUACAAUCAUCGUUUCUUUAUGCCUCUUCGAAACACUUCCCAAUAUGGUCACAACAUGUGGUACUCGUUUGAACAUGGUCCAAUUACCUUUGUGUCAAUUUCAACUGAAACCAAUUAUCCAAAUGCAUUCUAUUCUGAAUAUAAUUUUAAAGGAGAUCAAUUGGCAUGGCUUGAACAUACUCUCUCAAGUAUUGAUCGAAAGAAAACUCCAUGGGUUAUUGUGGUUGGUCAUCGACCUGUCUAUUCUUCUAAACAUGGUUUUAGUACUGCUGAUGGACAAGUGUCUGGAGAAUCUCUUCGAAUUCAAAGUGCAUUUGAAGAUAUUAUUGUGAAAUAUCAUGUGGAUAUAAUGAUGGUUGGACAUGUUCAUUCCUAUGAAAGAACUUAUCCAGUCUACAAGACACAAGUAGAAAGAAAGAAUAAUUUUCAUAAUUUGAGAUAUCCAAUCCAUAUUGUCAAUGGAGCUGGAGGUUGCAUUGAAGGUGUCACACAUGAAUGGUAUAUUCAUUUUGGUCAUGAUUGGAGUGCUAAUAUUUUCUACAAGGAUGAAGGUUAUGGAAUUUUGAGAACCUCUUACUCAAGACAAACUCGUGUUCAUUCGUUGCAUUUUGAUUUCCAUGCUGCUAAAACGAAUGAAAUUGUUGAUACCGUUACCAUCACUAAGGAUGCUCAAUAA